AUGCAAGGCGCAGUGAGCGAAUCGGCCGGCGAGGGUCGACGGUACGCGCCUGCAACUCCUGUCGCCGGCGUAAAAUCAGAUGCACUGGCGAGAAACCAUGUGAGUCGUGUCGAUGGUACAAAACGCCGGAACUGUGUUGCUAUCCGGAACGUCGUCAAUCGUCAAGACACAGCCCCCGAGAACAUCGUCGAUUUACCCAGAGAGAAACUGUUAGAUUUGGUGAACACAGGCGGAUCUCAAUAUGCCCAGCACGAGGACUCGCCGACAGUCGCCGCGUCUAUACAAACACACAACUCCGCAUUGUCUAUUGGACAACCCGUUCUGGAGUCCCUGCAUUCAAUGCCCGAGGAACAGCUCGAUGAAGGCCAGUGUCCUAGCCGAUCAGACUCAAUCGAGCAUAUCUCAGAUGAUGUCAACGCAUUAUCCUUAACUGCGCGGCAGCCCGCCUCGUAUUUGGGUAUCUCAUCUACCCAAGCUGCUAUGAAAGUCAUCGCAUGGCUCCAUCCACAGUUCAAGUCAUACGUAUCCCGCGCCUUGCCAAAACAUCAAAGCGACCAAACAGUUAAUUCGAUGCCAUCUAUAGGUACACAAUCCGGCCUUCUCCCUACAGAAAUGGAAAUGCUAGAUGCGUACUUCGCCGACUUUCACCCGCUUGCGCCACUGUUAGACGAAAAGAACUUCCGCGCUACUCACUUGGCCGGUAACCGGAAAGACAAUCGAUGGCUAGCCUUGCUCAACAUAGUUCUCGCGUUGGGGAGUAUCGCAGCCUCGGGUCCAGAUAACCACACCCACCAGGUAUAUUUUGAUCGUUCGAUGAAUCUCCUGAAUUUGGCUACGCUCGGAACUCCUACCCUCGAGGCCGUCCAGACCCUAGGACUCAUUGGGGGCUGGUACUGUCACUAUACAAGCCAGCCGAACCUCGGAUAUUCCCUGAUGGGUGUGUCUCUGCGCAUGGCGGUUACUUUAGGGCUACAGCGAGAACCUUACGACGGCCAUUUGGUGCUCGACCCUGCCAGGGCUGCCAACCAGGAAUUUAAACGCCGCGUGUGGUGGGCGCUUUGCUGUUUGGAGACAUGGGGUCAUGAGACUCUCGGCCGACCAUGUAUGGAUUUUUUUGCUCCAAGCAUCACUGUCUCCCAACCUCGCCUGCUUGAUGAGGAAAAUUAUCUUCACAUCCUUCCCUUGAUCGAAAAUGUCGAAUUCGUGAAGAUUGCCUCGAAAAUACAAGAAUCAUUAGCCGGUCUACCAACACUCACGCACACGGAGACAUUUGACCUGGAUUCGCAGCUUCUUCAGUGGUGGAACAACUUGCCCCCGGCUCUUAGAGAUUAUGAGCCUUGUUCUGAAUCGCUGUACACCGCGCGAACAGUGAUGCGCUGGCGCCUUUAUAAUCAACGCAUGCUACUAUAUCGUCCAAAGCUUCUAAGCUACGCGAUGCGACGAAUCCCCUUCAUGAGUAUUCGAGUGGAGGAACGUAAUGCUAUUCUCAAGUGCCGCGAAAUUGCAGAAACUACUAUUCAAGAUAUUUCCAGGGCAGCAAGAUUGAAUCAAAUGAUCGGCUGGAAUGGCGUCUGGUUGUUGUUUCAGGCUACCAUGGUGCCUCUGGUUUAUUUAUCCACUCGACCAACAAAUGAUGACUCCGUCUCCGUAUUUGAAGCUUGCAAAGCGCAGGUUGAGACAGCUAUAUUGACGCUUGACCGUUUGAGACCUUACGGACACACGGCAGAACGUUCCUUGGAGGUUGUUUCAGGAAUCCUCGAAGUCUGUCUCCAAGGCGCUGGAGUGGAAUCUCCUGACACGACUGCCAAUGGUCUUGGAUCCCUAAAUAUUCCUCAUGUGGACGAGUUUAAUUGUUAUCCACCGGCUACCCGAGAUCGAGUUUGGGAUUGGACUGUUACAUCUUUCGAAAAUCUUCCGCCUGAGUCGAUGUGGGAGUACCUGAGCUGGGGUGCUCAAGAUAUGUGGCCUGAGGUUACUGGUAUUGGUUUCGAAAAUCCAGCAAUGUCUUUCUUUCAACCCGCAGGGGGAAAUAUGUGA